AAAUUCCUUAAUCCUACUUGAUUUACCUACUUAUAUUGCACAUAAACGUGAGCUGUGUUUUCUAGGACACGAAAACAAGUGCAUAAUAUAGUCUAAUAGUUCAAAAUUCUUAUCGCGACACGAGUAAAAUAGUAUAGAUGUUUUAUUGUGAACUAGUACGCAGUCUAUGAUGAAUUAAAGAGCUCCUUUAUAGGGGCAGGUCUUGUAAUGAGUGCAUCUUUACAGACGUAGUACUCAGGGGGACAAUCGGUUGACCUUGUAGAAACAAGUGCUUGUUAUCGUGAGUAGUAUCAAUAAGCCAGUUGUUUGGCUUGGUAGCGAGCCUACCGCGACGGAAACGCACAGUUAGUUAUCAUAACGUCCACGUUUGUGAAGAUUUAGAUAUUUAUUGUUUGUCAAUUGCAACCGGCGUUAUUUGCCGAGAGACUCCCGCGGUGCAAGAUGUCGGUAAAAGUGCAGAAGAUCACGGAGCCCCUGCUGCUGGGCGAGGGCCCGCACUGGGACGAGCAGCAGCAGGCGCUGUUCCUCGUCAGCAUCCAGGAGCACACCAUCCACAAGUACGUGCCCGCCACCGGAGUACACACCAAGACCAAAGUUGGCGGUCGUGUGGGCUUCAUAGUGCCGGUAGAGGGCACCACUGACCAGUUCCUAGUGGGUGUGGAGCGCAAGUUCCAGGUGAUCAGGUGGGAUGGGGCUGAUGGGAGCCCGGCCACCGUGGUGAAGGAGCUCGGAGAGGUGGACCGUGACAUACCCACCAACAGGAUCAACGAUGGCAAAGCUGAUCCUAGGGGCAGAGUUUUUGCAGGAACCAUGGGCCACGAGGAUCCUCCAGGCAACUUCACCUACAACAGAGGCAACCUGUUCCGCCUGGAUGGAGGCAAGAUGACGAAGGUGGUCAAAGAGGUCAGCAUCUCCAACGGCCUGGCCUGGGACCUCCGGGAGAGGGCCAUGUAUUACACCGACUCACUCGAGAAGAACAUCAGGAGAUACGAUUACAAUGUGGACACUGGAGACAUUUCCAACGUCAAGUACAUCUUUGACUUCGAAAAGAACAAGAUAGAAGGGGUCCCAGAUGGCACCACCAUCGACACUGACGGGAACCUAUGGGUUGCUGUGUUCGAAGGCUCCUGCAUCCUCAAAAUUAAUCCUAAAACUGGAGAGCUACUGCAAAAGGUCCCCAUCCCAGCGUUGCAAGUGACCUCGGCCACUUUCGGAGGUCCCAACUACGACAUCAUGUUUGUUACCACCGCAAGCCUCAACAUCCGUGGAGCCCAGGAUCCUCCCUGUGGGUCCACGUUCAUGGUCACCGGACUUGGGGUCAAAGGAUUCCCCAAUGUUAGCUUUAAGCUUUAACUAUUUAAUCAUUUGUAAUUUACUGCCGUACUCAGAGUAAUUUGAUGAUUACUUAACCCAAUCUUUAGCAAUUGUUUUCGAUACAAAAUUGUUACUAAGGAAUACUUUAAGUAAUCAUUAAAUGGGUCUGUGUGUGGCAGUUAGUGAAAUAUUUUAUUACAUAAGCCUAUAUACAAUUUUGUAAGUAUGUAAACUAUAGUAAGGUAUUGUUUAAAUUGAAAUAAAAUUAUGAUAAACCAAAAUGACAAGGAGACCAAUAUUAGACUGAAUGUUUGUUAUGAAUACGUAAUCUAAACUCAAAGAUAUUAUUAUAUGAAAUAUUUUAAUGAAUUUAUUGUUUAUAUGCCCGUGUUACAAUUAUUAUUAAAGAAAUAUAUUAUUA